AUGCUUCGCAACGGAAACGACGUUACCAGCGCGAGUCUCGACAUCCGUCGAGGUCGCCAGGUUCUCCCCAAGAAUGUCAAGCCGCUACACUACGAUCUCACCCUCGAACCCAACUUCGAAACCUUCAAGUAUGAAGGCACCGUUGUCAUCGACUUUGACGUUGUCGAGGAUUCCACAUCCAUUGCUCUCAACACAGUAGAUCUCGAGAUCCACGACACUCUUGUUGAGGCCAAUGGUGCCACCAUCAGCUCCUCCCCCUCUCUCGACUAUGACAAGGACUCACAGACUACAACCAUCACAUUCGACAAGACCAUUCCCGCAGGCCAAAAGGCGAGGUUGACCCAGCGUUUCACCGGUACUCUCAAUGAUGACAUGGCUGGUUUCUACCGAUCUUCAUACAAGGACGAGCAAGGAAACACAAAGUACAUUGCAACCACCCAGUUCGAGGCCACCGAUGCUCGCCGAGCAUUCCCCUGUCUCGAUGAGCCUGCCCUCAAGGCCACCUUCGCUGUCACUUUGAUCGCUGACAAGGACCUGGUCUGCCUAGGCAACAUGGAUGUUGCAUCCGAAAAGGAGGUUGACUCUAAGGUUACAGGUAAGAAGAGCAAGGUCAUCACAUAUAACAAGACGCCCAUCAUGUCUACAUACCUGCUGGCUUUCAUCAUCGGAGAUCUCAAGCACUACGAGACCAACAACUUCCGAGUCCCCAUCCGAGUCUGGUGCACUCCUGACCAAAACCUCGACCAUGCUGUCUUCUCGGCUGAGCUAGGUGCACGAACCCUUGAGUUCUACGAGGAGCAAUUUGGCAGCAAAUAUCCUCUUCCCAAGAUGGACAUGGUUGCCGUGCCUGAUUUUGCUGCCGGAGCCAUGGAGAACUGGGGUCUUAUCACAUACCGAGUUGUUGACCUUCUCCUGGAUGAGAAGACCAGCAGUGCGGUUACCAAGAAGCGUGUCGCCGAGGUUGUUCAGCAUGAGCUGGCUCACCAAUGGUUCGGCAACCUCGUCACAAUGGACUUUUGGGAUGGUCUCUGGCUAAAGGAAGGAUUUGCCACAUGGAUGUCGUGGUACUCUUCCAACGCCUUUUACCCCGAGUGGAGAAUCUGGGAAGGUUAUGUCACAGAGGAUCUGCGAUCUGCUCUGGGUCUUGACUCCCUACGCAGCUCUCACCCUAUCGAAGUGCCCGUCAAGCGCGCAGAUGAGGUCAACCAGAUUUUCGAUGCCAUCUCAUACGAAAAGGGCUCUUGUGUCCUUCGCAUGAUCUCCAAGUACUUGGGCGAGGAUGUUUUCCUCAAGGGUAUCCGAAUUUAUCUCGACCGACACGCCUACGCCAACACAGAGACCACUGAUCUCUGGGCAGCUCUCAGUGAGGCCAGUGGUAAGGAUGUUGAGCGUGUUGCCGACAUCUGGACCAAGAAGGUAGGUUACCCUGUCGUAGCCAUCACCGAGGAUGAGUCCAAGGGCACAAUCCAUGUCAAGCAGAACCGGUUCCUUAGAACGGCCGAUGUGAAGCCUGAGGAGGAUGAAGUGCUCUACCCAGUGUUCCUUAACCUCCGAACAAAGGAGGGUAUCCAAGAAGACCUUGCGCUCAACGUCCGUGAGGCCGACUUCAAGGUGCCUGACUUUGACUUCUACAAGAUCAACUCUGGUCACUCUGGUAUCUACCGCACAUCUUAUACUAGCGAGAGACUCCAGAAGCUUGGACAGAACGCCAAGGCAGGACUCUUGGGCGUCGAGGACCGAGCCGGAAUGAUUGCUGAUGCUGGUGCUCUUGCCGCCGCUGGUUACCAAAAGACAUCUGGCUUGUUGUCUCUCCUCCAAGGGUUUGACUCAGAAGAUGAGUUCAUCGUCUGGGAUGAGAUCACCCUCCGUGUCGCUUCUCUUCGAGACGCUUGGGUCUUUGAAGAAGACGACGUUAACAAGGCUCUCAAGGCUUUCCAGCGAGAUUUGGUCAGCAAGAAGGCCAACGAGAUCGGCUGGAACAUUUCAAGCUCUGACGAUUUCACCGCUCAGCGCUUCAAGGCACUUAUGUUCGGUAAGGCCGCCAUCGUCGAAGACGAGGCUGCAAAGAAGGCGGCCUUUGAGCUGUUUGAGAAGUUUAUCAACGGCGACCGAGAGGCUGUACAGCCCAACCUCCGAUCUAGUGUGUUUGGAGUUGUGCUUACAUACGGAGGCGAAGCCGAGUACAACGCUAUUCUCAAGGAGUACGAGACUGCCAAGCAGAGCAGCGAGCGUAACACAGCUCUUCGAUCACUCGGCUUUGCCAAGGAUCCUGCUCUCAUGAAGCGAACUUUUGCGUACACUCUAAGUGACAGCGUCAAGACUCAGGACAUCUACUUGCCUCUUGCUGGUCUCCGCGCUCACAAGGAGGGUAUUGUUGCUCUUUGGGGAUGGGUCAAGGAGAACUGGGAUGUUCUCACCAAGCGACUUCCUCCUGGUAUGUCACUCCUCGGCGACAUGGUGGCCAUCUCAACAAGCUCCUUCACACAUGCCGACCAGAUCGACGAUGUCAAGAGCUUCUUUGAGCAAAAGGGUAGCAAGGGAUUCGAGCUUGAGCUGGCUCAGAGCCUCGAUAGCAUGAAGGCCAGGCAAAACUGGCUCGCUAGGGAUAAGGAGGAUGUUAAGCAGUGGCUUGUCCAGAACAAGUACCUGUAA